UUCUAGUUUCUCAUCAACACUCGGACCUUGUACGCUCGUACAUUUGUUGCAAAGAACAAAAAAAAAAAAAAACACCUUUAAUUAAAUAUUAACAUUCUCUACGUCAGUAGAAAAAGCACAGCCCCCAACGAACCCCCCUGGUAUCGAUUUAACAAGUUGUCAGUUCACAUUUGAUGUGAAAGUGAAAACUUUCUCACUUAAGUGCAAUCAAUUGAAACUAAGUACACAAAAACAAUAAUUUAAUCGUAUCUAUUUGCAAAAUGCAACUACAAAUGGGAUUUUGGAGACGCGCCGUGGAUACAGCUUUAGCGCCGAUUUCUCCAAAAAAUCUACGUUUGUCAGCAAUUUUGAUUGCAAUCUAUCAAUUGCUGAUUGCUCAUGUUUUGUUGUUCAUUGUUCUAUUGGGUUUAGCCCAUGCUGAACAAAUGAAGAAUAUGCUGGCACUGGACAUUGAAGAUCAAAAGGAAUACGGGUUCUACGACUUGACCCCGUUUCCGAAUCAAAUGCGUCUCAAGACUGCAUCGCAAUUGGUUUCUGUCACCGAAGUGCUUUUGUACAUUUUGACCGCCAUUUCGUCGGUUUAUUUACUCAGCUGCUUGGCAUUGUUUGCUGGAGUAUUUAAAAAUCGUUCCGAAUUGAUAUUGCCAUGGUUGGUAGUGGAAUUUAUUUUCAUCAUAAUGGCAAUGGUGGCAACGUUUUGGUGUCAGAAUGAGAAAUUUGUGGGACUCAUCGGUGGAAAGUUUCAAUACUGUAAGUAUAUGAUAUUUUCCAUCUGUUUUGGAUUUAUACUAUUCGACAGCAUUAUUUGGUACAUUAUGCACUCAUUCUAUCAAAGCCUUCGUCAAAUGAAUAAACUAACUGAGAUUGCAACUGUGGCUAUACCUUGUCCACCACCAGGCUCUAUUCCAUUCCAUUUUCGACGAGAAAAUAUGUAUUUGGGUAGCAAUGGCUACAAGCAUAUCCUUUCCGAAGCUCCAGAUGGAAAUUAUUAAAACUUCAACAUACCUUCAUUUUAUUGCGAACAAAAGAAUUAAUUUAGUGAUCAAAAAUAUAUAUUUAAAAGAAAAAAAAUUAUAAUAAAAUUAGUUCCACGAACUCUCUCAUUCUGUAGAUAAAAUAAUAUGGCAGGGUAUACAACAAUUGUGAACACAAACAAAAAACGAUAUAUGUUAAUAAUUUAGAAUGAAGACAACAAAAAAUAUUUUCUUAAAAAAAAACUAUCUAGCACCUUAUUUCUCUCUCUAUUUAUCUCUUUAUAUUUUAUAGUGCCUAUAUAUAUCUAUUUACUUUAUAAGUGAUUUAAAUUGAUCAACUACAAAAAUUAGCCUUUUCUUAUUAGAACUCUUUGGAACUGUUAUAUCAAUGUAAGCCCAUAAUUAAGAGACAGAUGUGUUUUUAAUUGAAAAUCUUAUAUCUACAAUCAACAACAAAAUUUGUAAUUACAUCACAUUUUUUUU